UAGAAAAUAUCUGUACCUCUGCAAGAUAAGCAUGACAAAGACACAGGGGAGCAGUAGCAAAAUAUCUAGAAAACCAUCAAUAUAGUUUCCUAGUAGGUCCGACCAUGUAGCAAAGGAAAAGGACACCAGCGGUGAACUCAGAGCACCUUCAGUCUUUGUGAUGCAGGGAACAAAAAAUUUCACUGAUGGGACGCAUUAUCUUAUGAAAGACUAAUAAUUCAUUGUUAAUUAUCAGUAUUGUGAUUAUGAUGCUAUUAAACUGUCGCUAUAAUCAUGAUUUCCUUGUCUUAAAAUUUUUUCCUACACAACCACAGUGAAUAUCCUUUCAUGUCAAUCUUUUUUAUUUCUUGGGCUGUGCAGAUUCCCCUACCUCUUCUCAUGUCGGUGACUCCACCCAUCUCAAUCUAGCAUUAGCAACUGCAAACUACCUAAAUCCAUGCAUGUCUUCAGUGUUAUUGGGGAAAGAAAGGAUCUUUACCUCGGUUUGUGAAGGCAACACCUCGGCUGUUGAAAGGUUCCUGAGCUGCAAAAAUUUCCAAAUAGGAAUUCAUAGAUUCUUUGCUGGAUGAUUGCCCCAAAAGAGUAUUCUUAGAGAGAUUGGCAGGAAUCUAAAGCAAGAGAGAGGCAAAAGGAACACAAGUCUUUCUUACACUUAACACUUGCAGCCUAUUUGAUUGUUUUCCUUUCUGCCCCAUUUCGUCGAACACCUUGUAGACGAUCGCAUGAGGGUACUAAGGGGCAGGCACCUGGGAGGCUUCUCGGAGGCGCCGCCGGGGGCCAACAGGACAGGGCCGCCGUACGUCGCCGCCGGGGGUAGCAACGCCAACUUCGACACCAACAUGGUCAUCAUCCUGGCGGCGCUGCUGUGCGCGCUUAUAUUCGCGCUGGGGCUCAACUCGAUCGUGCGGUGCGCGCUCCGGUGCGGGCGGCGGCUGGCGUUCGAGACCCCCGAGGAGGCGUCCACGCGGCUGGCGGCGACGGGGCUCAAGCGGCAGGCGCUCCGCCGGAUCCCGGUGGCUGUGUACGGCGAGGGAGCGGACAUCCCGCCGGCGACCGAGUGCCCCAUAUGCCUCGGCGAGUUCGCGGACGGGGAGAAGGUCCGGGUGCUCCCCAAGUGCCACCACGGGUUCCACGUCCGGUGCAUCGACAAGUGGCUCGCGUCGCACUCCUCGUGCCCCACGUGCCGGCGCUCGCUGCUGGAACAAGGCGCCGGGGAAGGGGCGGAGGCGGUAGGCCAGGAUGUGUGGCGGAGAGGCGGAGACGCCGGCGAGUACGGCCAGCUUGCGCUUCCCUAGUACAAGUAGUAAUAUGUGGGAUUGUGCCUGGUUUCGAAUGGCAGAAACAUGUAUAUACCGGAGAAUUCGUAAUGUUUUUCGAAGAAUAUUUAUCAUUGGAAA